AGGAGCUUUGAGAGAUGAGUUUUCUCCACUGAGACCCUCAUCCUGAACCUCUCUCUCAUAAUGAGCAUCGCAGCUCUCUCACCCCUGAGUCCGGAGCCCCCCUCCCCCAUGCUGACGUCGGUGACUCCGGUCACUCCGACCCUGGACCCUAGAGCUGUUGAUGCUCCUCUGACCCUGGAUCAGUCUCAGGAUGGAGCUUCCUGUCCAGGUCCUGGUCCCAGCCGAGGCUGCCUCACCGGAGGAGGAGCUCACCUGGACUUCUCUCGGAGGAUGCAGAAACCCCCUCCUCUAAACACCGGAGCGGACUGGAAGGUGGUCCUUCAUUUACCAGAGAUCGAGACCUGGCUGAGGGCGACCAGCGACCGGGUCUCACAGCUCGCUCACUCCGUGGGACAGGACGCCGACAACAGACACGUGGACGUCCACCUGGUACAGCUCAAGGACAUCUGUGAGGACAUCUCGGACCACGUGGAGCAGAUCCACGCCCUGCUGGAGACCGAGUUCUCCCUGAAGCUCCUCUCCUACUCCGUUAACAUCAUCGUGGACAUCAGAACCGUGCAGCUGCUGUGGCACCAGCUCCGAGUGUCGGUUCUGGUCCUGAAGGAGCGGCUGCUGCAGGGUCUGCAGGACUCCAACGGAAACUUCACCCGCCAGACCGACAUCCUCCAGGCCUUCAGCCAGGACCAGCACCAGACCCGUCUGGAUGCUCUGACGGAGGUUGACGACUGCGGUCAGCUGACCAUACGCUGCAGUCAGGACUACUUCUCUCUGGACUGUGGGAUCACUGCCUUUGAGCUGAGCGACUACAGCCCGAGUGACGAGCCGGAGACCCCCCCACGAAAGAGAGAUCCCACCCAAGACUCCAAUCAGGACCUCCACAGCAGCUUACCAGAACUUUCUGUGCCGUCUGACUCAGAAAACCACAACCAUUCUCUGUCCACACUACCCACAAUGCAGUGCGGCGUGUCCAACCAGAGCGAGAGCUCCAAGCGUCCUCUUCAGGGUGUGAGUCUCAGCGCCCAGGUGUCUCCUACUCGUCCAUCACGUCCCAAGAGAGCCGCCUUGUUCUACAGCAGAGGAACCAGGGUGGAGGACUUCAGACCAAGUUACAAAAAGAUGAAACAUCUCUCAGAGCGGGAGCUGAGCCAGAGCACCCCGUCCCUCGUGGAUCCCCCAGACCGCUCUAAGUUCUGGCUGGAACUGGACUCGGUUUAUCCAGGAAAGGUCUCCCAGUCCUACGAAAGCCUGCAGGUGACGAGUGGACACAAACUGAAGAACCAGCAGGUAACCUCUACACCUGGAGAACAUCUAGGGAGACGCCUGCCUCAACACAAGAGCUCACCUGGGGGAAGACCCACCGCCGGCGUCCCCCUGAGGCCUCAGGAUGAAAUAUCAAACCAUAUGGAGAGGACGGGGACAAAGACAUCCAGUAAAGGGGACUCUGACUCCUCCCUGCCCUCCCCCAUCAGGGAGCAGAGUCUCUCCUCAGAUAUGGAGGUGUCAGGAGAAGAAUCAGAUCCCCAGCUGUGUCCCGGCAAGACCACAGUCUGGAUCGUGAAGCGGCACGUAGACAAGGAGACCUCAUUAAAAACUGCUCCGGAUAGGGAGCACUGGUACGGUUCAGAUGAGUUCUUGGCUCUUCCUGCUCAGCUCCAUAAAACUGAGAUGCUGGCUCUGAAACUGGAAAGCCUGACUCAGUCCGUCCCUCUGUGUGAAUGCUGA